AUGGAGAUUCCGUACGCCGCCGCGGGGAACGACGUGAAGGCCCCGGACGCGCCCGGCGAUGACCCCGCCGCGCCCGUCGAUCAUUUUGCCCAGAAAUACUCCCGACUCUCCGCGAGCGACCUCGCGCGGGUCGUGUCUCUGCAGGCGCGGUUUCGGGGUAACGCCCGCCGCGCGAGGCUGAUGAAGUCGCGCCUCUCUUCCGCGCACGCCGCGGGCGGCGCCUUCGCCAUCUUCGGCCUUCCCGACGCGAACGAGCAGCUCAUCACCGUCAUCCCGUGCUCGCUCGGUUCCUCCUCCCUCGUCGGCGCGGGCAACCUCUACGUCUUCUCCAAGCACGUCGGCUUCCACCGCCCGAACGGCUGGACCCUGUGGGGCCCGCACAAGGCGAUCACCCUGCUCCUCCCCCUGGACCACGUGGCGUCCGUGCGGGUCAAGGAGGAAUACGUCACCGCGCCGGGCGUGACGGUGCGGAUGCGAAACGGGGACGAACACUGGUUCGGGGGCAUGUGGUCGCCCGUCGCGGCGUCCGACGCGGUGUGGACCGCGUGGAAGGCCCGCGCGGAGCACCGCGCGUCCCUCGCACUCGCGGCGCGGAACGCCCUCGUCUCCACGCGCGACGUCAGCGAGCUGACCAAGGCGGAUCUGCAGAUCCGGUCGCUUCGAGCGUGCCUGAAGGAUCUCGAGGCGGAUGCCCGGCGCAACUCGGACGCCGCCUCCGCCCUCGCGAACGCCCAGGCGCGGUCGGAGAGGCUCAAGGACGAGAUCGAGCUCCUGAGUGCGUCGAUAACGCGGUUAGCCGCGGAGCACGCGGAGCAGAGGGACCUGCGAGUCGCCGAGGAGUCAAAGGCGCGGGAGCUCAAACUCGAGCUCGAGGAGGAACGGGACCUUCGACGACGCGCGGAGCGCAAGGCUGCGGACCUCGCCGCCGAGUGCGAGGAACACCGGUGCAGGGCCGAGGAGCACAGGGCGGCGCGGGAGGCGGACGCGAGGCGCGCGGACGAGGCGCGGACGCGGUGCGCCGACGUCGAGCUCCGCGGCGAGGAGCUCGCCUCCUCGCUUCGAGUCGACCUCGAGCGCCGCGACAUCGAGCUCGCGCGAGUCACCUCGCGGCUCGCGGAGACGAUACAAACGCUGGAGACGGAACGUACCGCGACGGCGGCGCACGCGGCGACGGCGGAGGCGACGUUAGUCGAACGAGACGCGGCGGCGUCGGAGCGAGAUUCGCUUCGAAAGAAGUUGGCCACCGCGGAGGAGUGCGUGGGCGAGCUCGACGCCAAGCUCGCCAACGCGGAGGCCAAACUCAUCGCCGCGGACGCGAUGAACGCGGAGCUUCGCGCGGAGGCGGACGCGGCGAAGAAACGGGCGGAGGCGUUGGAGAAGGAUCUGCACAGGGCGAGGGGCGAGGCUGAACGAGCGCGAGCCGCGGUGAAGGAGGGCGCGGACGAGUGGAAGGAGGCGAUGGCGGCGUGCACCGCCGCGGAACGCGACGCCGCCGCCGCUCGCGGCGCCGAGGCUCUGGCGCGCGAGACCGCGGACAAGUCCCGCGUCGCGCUGGAGGAGUCGAGGGCGCGGGAGAGGGCGGCGAGGGAGGCGCUCGCGGACGCGAGGGUCCGGCUCGAGCGGCGCCAGAGCGAGGCGAACGAGUCCGUCGCCGCCGCCGAGGAAAAGGCGGCGGCGACGGCGACGGCGCUGGCGCAGGAGCGCGAGCGCGUCGUGAAGAGCGAGGCGGAGGCGUUAAAACUCGCGGCGAAGCUGAAGGACGCCGACGCCGUCGUCGACGAACUCCGCGACGCCGUCUCGCGCCAAAAACAGGAGACGUAUUACCUGUACACCCAAUACGCCAACUGCGCCAAUCAGCUCGAGGAGACCAAGGCGGCGCUGGAGCGAGAGCAGGAGGAGGUGGUCCGUUUGCAUCAGUCCUUCGCGGCGAGUAAGCUGGCGCUGUCGUCGGCGGCGGGAAGCGGCGCGUCGCUCGGGGGUUGGUACGGGGUAGGUGGCGGCCACGGAGGCGGUGACUCACCGGGCGUAUCCGCGGGGUCGGUGAACGCGCCGGCGUCGGCUGGCGGCGAGGAGACGAACGCGUCGCCGUCCCCGUCCACCACCCCCGCGGCGAGGUCGUUCCUGAAUCAACCGCCGUCGCCGGAACUCCUGUUCCCUAGCCUCGGGCCGGGUGCCUUUGCCGAGAUGACGCCGUCGCCGUUCAAGCCGGGAAAAACCGUUCGAGGCGGGAUCGGCGCGGUGGCAGCCGGCGGGGUGGAUUCGGAAUCCCCGGGGACGCCCGAGCAGGCCAGCCCGGAGGCGGAAUCCGCCGUGGCGUGA